AUGUACGUAUUAUGUCAUAAGUGCAAAUACAUUGGCUGGAAGCUCCUUCGUGGUGUAAAAUUGUUUAGACUUUUGAUAAAAGUCAAAUAUGGCGGAUUUGGAUUGUGUAGUGUUUAAUAGUGAACGAUUUUCUAGGAGAAUUGGUAUGUUUUCCUGAAUAUAUACAGGAUUUUUGUCAAGACUUCCGUUUUGUGACUAAUUGUGGGAAUUGUUUUGAUAAAUUAACUAUAUAUUGCAUUAAAUUGGUUUCCGAAAUAUAAAUGGAUGUAAAUAACAUAUCCGAAAUAAAAGAUGGCGAACCGACGCGAUCUCUGGUUUUGAUAGAAGCGCCCUCUAUUAUAAGCAUAACGAAACCUAAAUCGGACGGUAACGUCAAAAAAAAGAGACGUCGCGGAAAAACAAAGCGGCAAAUAAUGAAACCGUAUCUGAAAAUUUCUUGGCAGGAAAGAAGAAAAAAUGAAGUCCGAAGUAAUUGUAAAAGAAAUAAGCGAUAUCGUAAAAUUGUCUUGGCUAAAACCCAGGCACCUUUUAAUAAUAACCAGUUUCUAAUGGAAAUCCACAAACCAGAACCAGAAAAUAAUUUUAAUAUCUUCAGAACACCAUCCGCUCGUACUCGUGACUCCAGUUUUAGCGUUGAUUCUGAAGAAAAUUACUUUUUUUCUUUACCAGAAGAUGAAGAAGAAUAUUUAACCAAGGAGUUCUCUAGUGUAUAUGAAGAUGCACAGUGUGAAAGAUUGUCAAAUAUGUCCAAAAAUGAACUGAUUGAAGAAUAUCUUCUUUUGGAAGCAAAGUAUGAUACUCUUCUAAAAAGGACUGAGCGUUACAAAUCAAAGGAUAAUGAAGAUGAUAAGACUUCUAUCAUUCCAGACAAAGAAAUGCUUUCUGAAAAAAAUACCCUGCCUGAGAAGGAUGCCCCUGUAGGAUCACUUUUACCAGCAGAAGAUCAGUCAAUGUCUGAUAUCUUGCAGCGCUUGAAGCAACAAGAAGAGAGAAUUAAUGAGCUUGAACAAGCUAAUGAGAAGUUAAAAGCUGAAAAUGAACAUUACCAGCACCAGGCCCAAAAUAGCAGUGAGGAUUCAGAAAGUGAUAGUUCAUCUAGUUCAGAUAGUUGCAGUAGUUCCAGCUGUGAUUCAAGUCCAGAGCAUGAUGCCGAUGAUACAAUUAAUAAUGAUAUAGAACCAGCAAUACAUAUGAAUGGAGAUGAUGAUUCUGACAAUGUUCACUGUGAACAGCCACUUGUGAAUGGAUUUCACAAACCUACAGAAUAGUAGUAUUUAGUCUAUUCUUGACACAUAAAUCCCAUUUCAAAUUAGCUUGUCAGAUUCUAAUCUGAUUAUAAUCAUAAACAUAAUAUAAGUAUCCUUUUUAUGUAAUUGAGCACAAUAUUAAUCUGAUCUUGUGUCUUUAGAAUGAUUCACAUGAUCUUUUUAAACUUCACAAUUUAAUAAUAAGCUAACAAUUAUAAUAGGCCCUUAAAUGUUAACUCUUUCAAUUCAUUUAUUUUUUUAUCAAAAAGUUCUGUUAAAAUCUUUUAGAAAGAUGAUUUGUACUAUGAAAUUUGGUAGUGUAAACUGUAAGAAUGUAAUUGUGAGAUCUCAUUAGAUUUAGUUGACAUUCUGUGAUGUCUGUUUUAAUUUAUAUGAUAUAAGCCACAUUAAAUGUCAUUGCUAGAAAAAACAUCAGUUAUAAAGCAUUUCACCAAUUAUUGUGAAGAUAUUCUUGAUGUAUUAAUAUAACAAACAAUUCCAAAUAUGGAUCUCACUCUUAUAUUUGUGCAGUGUGCUAUUGUGUAAAUAGGUAUAGCUGAUAAUAAUAUAUGUUUGUAUAAAUAUUGUUGCUAUUAUUUGUAUUAAGUUUAUAUGAUACCAAAAUUAUAAUUUUAGGCAGUUAAACAUUCUAAUAGGGGUAGUAUUUGCAUAUAUUGGUAGGAUGAUGAGCACAAUAUUAUUGACAUAAGAAAAGGAAUCAUUGAUACUGUAUACAUGCAUUGGUAUUUGUUCUGGAAUAACAUUCUUAUUAAACUAUAUUGUCUUGCUACAAUAACUAGAUAUAUGUCUAUUGUAUUACAUUAUUUAAAAUGCUUAUAAACUACUCAAUACGAAUAGAAAUAGAUUUUAAUAAAGAUAAAUAAACUGA